AUGCCGCUAAAGGACCUUUUAAGGAAGAAGGAUAAGGUCAAAAAUGAUGAUGCAUUGCAUUCAUCGGGGCCUGGACUCGAACCCCCCCAAUUUACGUUCAUCAGGUCCGAUACAAACACCCAAGAAGUCAUUAGCCCCCCAAGCCUCCACGAUCAACCAACUACGAGCGCUUCAGAAGCAAAGUCUUUUGGCCGCCUUCGACGUUUCUCGAAUGCUUCUAGUAAUAACGAGUCCUCGAGACGAUCGCCCCCUAGAGACAAGGCAGAAAAGCGCCUUUCCCAUCGCUUACACCUAACUCGGGGCCGAUCUGCCAGUACGUCAUCCGUCAACCUUCCUGCGAACCUGCCAUAUGUGAACAAUGAUGGGGAUGAACAGGAAAGGGAGGCACAAUGGGAAAAGCGGGCAACGAUGCUAGCACAAGGAGUUGUCCGUAUGACACCUUCAUUGCCGCGCUCGCGAAGCCCAAGCGUUGGAAGGCUGAAUGAUCCCGAGGGUGAUGUGAAUAUUCAAGAAGCAAUACGGUUGCAUGAGGCUGGAGAUUUGGCUAAAUCGACAGAGAUGUUCAGGCGUCUUGCCGACCCUAAUGGCCAGAACAAUGCUCUAAGCCAAGUUCUCUAUGGUUUAGCGCUCAGACACGGAUGGGGAUGUAACCCUAAUCCUGAAGUGGCUAUCACAUAUCUCUCAGCAGCUGCCGCAAAUUCCGCUUCUAUUGAGGAAGAUGCUCUGAAGGCUGGUAUGAAAAAGGGCGGAGCAGCAAAAGGAGAGCUUGUUCUGGCAAUUUUCGAGCUGGCCAACUGUAUGCGUCACGGCUGGGGUGUAGGCAAAGACCCCUUCGCUGCUCGGCAGUACUACGAGGCUGCAGCAAACCUGGGGGACACGGAUGCUAUGAAUGAGGCAGCUUGGUGUUUCCUUGAAGGAUUUGGGGGUAAAAAGGACAAGUACAUGGCAGCGAAAUACUAUCGCCUUGCCGAAGCGAAUGGGAGUAAGACAUUGGGAAAUACAUGGAUUUGGAAAGAGAAAUAUAACUUCAGCUAA